AUGGCAGAGCUGCGCGCUUUCGUGAGCGCAGGGAUGGGCGAGCCGGUGGAGGAGCUGGUGAAGAGGAGGCAUUACAGCCUCUCCGCGAGCACCGAGGACCCUGGGACCGACGGGGAGUACAGCCGCGCCCUGUCGGACGUGUCCUGCCUGGACGCCAGCGCCGCUCUUCUGGGCGAUGCCUGGACCUACCAGGCAGCCGUGGAGUCCCAGACGGUGUUGCGCAAGCUCGCCACCCCUGGCGAGGGCGCCCCUCAUGCCUGGGCCGCCGGCUCGGGUGGUGCAGCCGUCUCCCAGGCUCCCGGGGUCGGGCAGGAGGACGAGCAGGCGAAGCGUGCGGAGUGGGCCAGCUGGCGUGCUCGGCGCCAGCAGCGGCUGGAGAGGCGCUCCGCGACGCGGGAGCAAUACGGCACCAUGAACUUGGAAUGCCGGUUGCGCUAUUGCAGCAGCGAUUGUGGCCAGUGCAGGGCGACCGCCAGCUAG